UCCCCGUCCCCAUUCCCGGUCUCUGCCCGCCUGGUACCGCGUUAUCCCGUCCCGGUCCCACCGGAUCCCGGCGCAUCCCGCCCCAUGGCCGCCCCCCGCCCGGCGCACGGCUGCGGCAGCGGAGCGCUGCUGGGGCGCUUCGGGGUGCUGCUGCAGGCGCUGCUGGCUCUCUGCGCCUUCAGCACCCUCAUGCUGAAACGAUUUAAGGAGCCAAAGGCAGAGAGGCGUCCCUGGAGGAUAUGGUUUUAUGAUACCUCCAAGCAAGCUAUAGGUGCCCUCUUCAUCCACUUUGCCAAUGUUUUUCUGUCUGAUCUCACUGAGGAGGACCCUUGCUCUCUCUACCUGAUUAAUUUUAUCCUGGAUGCCACGCUGGGGAUGCUGCUGAUCUGGCUGGGUGUGAAAGUUGUCUCCUGGAUUGUGCAGCACAAGAAAUACACAUACCUGGUCUUUGGGGAGUAUGGUGACCCUCCACAAGCUGCUGCCUGGAUUGGCCAGUGUAUCCUCUACUUGCUGAUAAUGGUUUUUGAGAAGACUGUGAUUAGCCUUGUCCUGCUUAUCCCUGGCUGGACAAAGCUUCAGCAGAUCCUCCUGGGUUACAUCCCAAACCCUCAGCUGGAGCUUGUCCUGGUGAUGUUUGUUGUGCCUUUCAUAGUCAAUGCCAUUAUGUUCUGGGUUGUGGACAGCUUGAUCAUGAGGAAAUACAAGCAGAAGGAUACCCUAGACAUCAAUGGAUCCACAGAAACUCCACAGGCCAGGAGGACUGAGGAAUCUCAGGUAUUGCUCUCUCCAGACAUGGAUUUUGAUCAGUCUGAAAGCGACCAGGAUGUUUCUGGAUUCCGGGGAACGAGCCAGAAGAUGAAGCAGCCCAGCUACCAAGUGGUCAUCUGACAACAGAGGGACAAGGGAGGUGGAGGAAGGAGCAGCACUGUGAUCCUUGAGCAGGCCAAGGAAGGGCAGGGUGGGGAAUACUGGGUGACCCCUGUGGAUCUGCAGAGAUCCUUUUGCCUGCCACAUCUUAGACCUAUCCUGCAGCUGUCCUGUGGAUGGUGUCUGUGCAUGCUGUACAGGCUUGAGCAGUAUCUGCUUUGCCUGUUUGCCCCACACACAGGCACCUUGAGGUUGGGGAUACAGGGAUGUGUCUUCCCUGGCUGGGCAACUGGGUGUGACUUGUUUUUCUUUUUUCAGGGCUAGAGACUGAAAUGAAAAGAUUUGUCUGGUUUUUUUAAUAGAAAAAAAAAAAAAAAGCUCUAUUCUGUGCUACCUGAACUGUGACACUUUUAUAUUCACAAUGCUCAAAAGAAUUGGUUUGCAAUAUGUAUUUAAAUGUCUUGAAUUGGGAAGCUUGUCCCAAUGGAUCUGAUUCUUUUUACUGUUUUAUAAGGAAUC